UAUAAUGAUUCACAAACGUAUCAGAUACUGUACAAUACAGCCAUGUCCGUGUAAGAGGCCAGCUUCAGCUCAGCAUGUUGUCUUUUUUCUGGAGAAACGGAGUGGAGACGCCAGAGCCGCUUAAAGCAGAUGUGACAGGCUCCAUCCCACCAUGGCUUCAGGGGACACUCUUGCGAAAUGGUCCUGGUCUGUUCUCAGUUGGUAACACUUCUUACAAGCACUGGUUUGAUGGAAUGGCACUCAUCCACAGUUUCACAUUUAAAGACGGGGAUGUAUUUUACAGAAGUAAAUUCUUGAAUAGUGAAACAUAUAAAAAGAACAUAGCUGCCAAUAGGAUCGUUGUGUCUGAAUUUGGAACCAUGGUUUAUCCAGAUCCCUGCAAGAAUAUAUUCUCCAAAGCCUUCAGUUACUUGAUGAACGCCAUUCCGGAUUUCACAGAUAAUAAUCUCAUAAACAUCAUAAGAUAUGGUGAAGAUUAUUACGCAUCAUCAGAAGUGAACUACAUAAACCAAAUUGACCCACUGACACUAGAAACAUUAGGAAGAACUAACUACAGAAACCACAUUGCCGUUAACUUGGCAACUGCCCACCCUCACUAUGAUGAAGAAGGGAACACGUACAACAUGGGCACUGCCAUCAUGAACUUCGGAAGACCGAAAUAUGUUAUUUUCAAGGUGCCAGGCAAUGCCACAGAUAAAGAGAAGAAGCCAGCUCUUGCGAAGGUGGAACAAAUUUGCUCCAUUCCUUUCCGCUCCACCUUGUAUCCGAGCUACUACCACAGCUUCGGCAUGACGGAGAACUACAUUAUCUUUGUAGAGCAGGCCUUCAAGCUGGAUAUCCUCAAACUGGCCACAGCUUACUUCAGAGAUGUCAACUGGGGCAGUUGCCUUAAAUUCGACAAAGAUGACAUUACACUGAUCCAUCUGGUCAGUAAGAGGACUGGGAAAACUGUGAGCACAAAGUACUACGCAGACGCAUUUGUGGUCUUCCAUCACAUCAAUGCUUAUGAAGAAGAUGGCCAUGUUGUCUUUGACUUGAUCACAUACCAGGACAGCAAUCUGUACGAUAUGUUCUACAUACACAACAUGAAGCAAGAUGUUGACAAAUUUAUAGAGACCAACAAGGACUUCUCUCGACCAACAUGUCAACGGUUUGUCCUUCCUCUCAACAUAGACAAGGAAGCUCCACCAGACACCAACCUGGUGAAGUUACAGGACACAACAGCCACAGCAGUGCUUAAGCAGGACGGCUCCAUCUACUGCACCCCUGACACUAUUUUUGAGGGUUUAGAGUUGCCAGGGAUUAACUACAAAUUCAACAGUAAGAAGUACAGGUACUUCUAUGGCACCAGGGUGGAUUGGUCACCAUAUCCAAGCAAGAUUGCAAAAGUGGACAUAGCUACCAGGACACACAAAGUGUGGAUCGAGGAGGAAUGUUACCCGUCUGAGCCAGUGUUUGUGGCAUCUCCAGAUGCUGUUAAAGAAGAUGAGGGUGUUAUCCUGUCUUCGGUGGUUUCAUUCAAUCCCCAAAAGCCCCCUUUCCUGGUGGUCCUGGAUGCUAAGUCCUUUAAAGAGAUUGGUCGCGCUACCAUUGACACGGCUAUUCAUAUGGACCUGCAUGGGAUUUUCAUCCAUGAUAAAUCUACCUAAAAUGGACAUUAAAAUAAUCCAACAACUCAUUUUUAGGGAGUAGGAUUAAAAAAU